AUGAAUUUGCUGAAUCAUACGAUUUAACUAUUACAGUAGGCUUUGUAGAACUUAUAAUAGAUGUAAGGAAAAUAGGAAGCGAAAGAUAUUUUACCUUAAUUAACUCAAGUAGUAGAUUCAAUUCCGGAAGAAUUCAAAGAAUUGGUUCCAUAUUAAGUGGAAGUCUCUGACUAACAUUUGAAUCAUCGCCAAAGCAAGGAGUUAAUAAUCAAGACAGUUGAAUAAUUUCGAUAGUGGAGAGCACUGGAAUGUUUGAAAGCGGAAACCUUUGAAGAAGUGAUGGCAGCUCACAAUCAGUAUUAUUAUAGAACUUUGAGGUAGCAAGUUUAUAGAUUCAUUGUAAUAACAGAUGGAUUUCGCUACUCAAGAGGCGAAGCUAGAGAGAAGCUUGCUCAUUGUCCAUUUUGUAAGUUUUAGAAUCUUCUCACUUACGUAACAGCUCAUGUUCUUAAAAAGCAUGCUAAUAAUUAUUAAAUUUAUAAUUGCUCAAUUUGUAACAAAGAUUUCUAAUCACAUCGCUUGUUGGUCAUGCAUAUCCACAAUUAUCACAAAGAAGGAGUGAAACCUAAAAAGAGAAAUGGCAUGGCUCCUAGAAAAGAAAUUAGUGAAUAGGAAUAGGAAAAAGAAUAAGAAUAAGAAGAUGAAGAUAUUAUAUUUGAAGAUGCUGAUUCACCAGAAAUAUCAUUAUGA